AAUCACAACUCUCAAAGGACUAAACUGCGAAGUUCUUCCACCCCGCGCCGCCGUUUCCGCCCCGCCGCCGCUUCCUCCCGUCCGCCGUUGCCCGGUGAUGGAGGCGGCCGCCGUCGCUUCCCCCGGCUCCGGGCUGCGCUACCUGCCACCGAUCAACCCCGCCCAGAAGCGGCAGCGGAGCCGGAGCGCGACGGCGGGGGCCUUCGCGACCACGCGGCGGCAGCCUCGCGCUGCUGUCGCUUGCAGGCGGCCCCAUCGCGUUGAGGCGGCGGCGGCGGCGAGGGAUAGCGGCGGAUCCGGGGACUCUUCUCACUGUUCCGGCGGAGUGAGGAGCAGGAAACGCCUCGCGGUGUUCGUGUCCGGCGGCGGCUCCAACUUCCGGUCCAUCCACGAGGCCACCGCCGCGGGCGGCAAGGCGAGCAGCGGGGAUGUGGUCGCGCUCGUCACGGACAAGCCAGGAUGCGGCGGAGCGGAGUACGCGAGGCGCAGCGGCAUACCGGUGGUCCUGUUCCCCAGGUCCAAAUCGGCGCCGGAGGGGGUGCCGACGGCUCAGCUUCUGAAUGCCCUGAGGGAUCUCAGGGUGGACUUCGUUCUGCUCGCUGGUUACCUGAAACUUAUACCCAGUGAGCUAGUCCAGGCAUAUCCCAGAUCCGUACUGAAUAUACAUCCUUCGCUCCUCCCGGCAUUCGGAGGCAAGGGUUAUUAUGGUCUGAAGGUGCAUAAAGCCGUCAUUGCGUCUGGAGCCAGAUAUUCAGGACCAACUGUGCACUUUGUGGAUGAACAGUUCGACACGGGAAGAACUUUAGCCCAAAGGGUUGUGCCUGUGCUAGCCGACGAUACUCCAGAGCAAUUGGCUGCAAGGGUUCUACAUGAGGAGCAUCAUGUUUAUGUUGAGGCAGUUGCUGCCUUGUGCGAGGAUCGAAUCGUGUGGCGAGAAGACGGUGUCCCACUUAUCAGAACUCAGACAAACCCCGAUGCAUACGCCUAAUUGGUGGUGCUACCUUGAGCAAAUCCCAGGCUCGGUCCCACAAGUCCUUGGAGUUGCUGAGGCGGGGGGAGUGUCACUUGCCAUUAAGCUUGCCAGCCAUGCUCAAAAGUCAAAACCAAGUGUGGAUAUGACAUGCCACUAUAUAUACCUCAUCAUGAUGGUCGCUUGGCACUAGUAUUUGCCUCUCCCACUUGGGUCCUUAAGAAGAGUCGCUGUUUCUAGCGAAGUUUGAUCGUACAGUUUUGCUAAGUCUCAGUCGACUGAGACUUGGUUAUGUAUCAGCCGAUACUAUCUUCCUUUGGUUUUGCAUGGAGAUUUGUGCAAAAAAAGAAAUCUUUUCAGUUUUUCUUUUUUCUUCUUACAUACUAUAUCACUUGACUGAGACUUGAUUAAGUCUCAGUCGAAUGAGACCUAGCCACACCCUUGAUCGUGUGUUUCUUC